AUGACAGUGGAGAUUUUGGGGGUGGAGGAUGGUAGUGAUGGUGGAGGUGGCAAAAAUGGUUGUGGUGGGGGUAGUGAUGCCAUUGGAGGUCAUAGUGAGGGUGGUGGUGCCAACGCCUGUAGCGGUGGUGGUGACGGUGGAGGUGCAGGCCCUCGCGGCGAUUUCCAACUCAUCACAGACGAGAACGGCAAGAAGAAGCUCAAGAUCGAGGCCUGGUUCGGUACCCACAAGAUGAGGCUCGUCUAUGCCCAUUUUCCCAUCAAUGCUAGCAUCACUAAUCACAACAAGGGCAUCAAGAUCCAUAGCUUUCUACUUUUCGUGAGGAAAGUGGAUAUGCUCGAUGGAGUUUCCAUUGUGCGAUCUGAGAAGGUGAAGGAUGAGUUGGUUUUCGAUGGAAAUGACAUUGAGCUUGUUUCUAGGUCAUGUGCCCUUAUCAAUCAGAAAUGCCAUGUUAAGAACAAGGAUAUCAGGAAGUUUCUUGAUGGUAUUUAUGUUAGUGAGAAGGGGACUGCAUUAAUAAAGAAGGUACUUUUCUAUCACCCUUUAAGUUCAUUGAUGAUUUCCGUAAAGAUUUACUUGAUACUUGUUGAUAAAGUUAAGAAGAGCAAUGUGUAUGUUGUGCUUGCCUGUUAG